UUCAACACUCCAAACUUGGAACCGUCCGUAGUUGUCCAGAACUACUAAUCAGUAGUCGGAGCCGUCCGGAAAAGGAAUUGUCGGAGCUGUUGGAGCCGUCCAGAAACUCCGGCUGCACAAAGCUAAGGAGAAGCCUUUGGGUCAAUUACGAUACCUUCUGUAACGUUUGAACACUAUCAAAUAUUGCCGAUACACUUGAUACCCACGGAAAUUUCCCCACCAAUACGUUUUCCGUUAUCAGUGCACCACCUAGAGGACAGAGCUCAGCGCAACUACUUUCGGAAUUAAAUGACAAAGAGUAUUAUCAAAACGAAGAACUUAUCCAGGUCGAGCAAGAAUAUUAAUUUUAACGGGUAUCUCUGUUGCUUCUAAUCGCUACUGCUUUUACUUUAUUCUUGAGCAUAACGGCGCUCUACGAAUCAAUUAUCAUAACCAUCAAUCAUUUUCAUGUGGGCUAAACUUUUUUCUUAUUUUUUUUUAUUUGCAGAUGGAUUCGGAUUCGGACACUGAGGUCAUGUUGAGUACGAAUUUCUCUUUGCGUUACAUCUUACUAAAGAAACGGCGCAAUAAAACCAACGAUCUGUGGAAACAUCGUAAGCGAAAUGGACAGUACUAUGUGUUAUUUCCCGAGUUAUUGAAACAAAAAGACAAGUUUUUCCAGUAUAUGAGAAUGUCGAAAAAAACAUUUUACUUUAUAUUGAGAAAGAUAGAACCUUUCAUCGCCAAGUUGCCUACACAUACUCCAUAUAUCUCUCCGGAAGAACGAUUGAUGGUAACUCUCAGAUUUCUUUCUACAGGAUUGCCGUUCAAAUCACUGUCGUUCACUUUCUGCAUCGCUCACAAUACGAUUGGUACAAUUGUUUAUGAAACAUGUGAAGCAAUUUGGAAGACAUUGAACGAAGAGUUCAUUCCUUUUCCAACAACGUCAGCUUUCAACAAAGUGGAAAGAGAGUUUCUUAACAAAUGGAAAUUUCCUAAUUGCAUUGGUGCCAUCGAUGGCAAACAUGUAAGGGUGAAGGCACCGUCAAAAUCCGGUACUCAAUAUUUCAAUUACAAGAAAUAUUUUUCUUUGCAUUUGCAAGCAGUAGCUGAUGCCAAUAGCAAAUUUAUAGCCGUUGAUGUUGGUGAAUAUGGGAGUCGUUGUGAUAGUGGUGUUUUUAAGUCAUCAACGUUGUAUCAACUAAUACAGUCGAAUCGCCUGAAUAUUCCUCCUCCCAAGCCACUUCCUAGCACUAGACAAGAUGUGCCUCACGUGCUCAUUGGCGAUCAAGGCUACCCAUUGAAAACUUUUUUUACUGCGUCCCUACCCAGAUAGUGAAGAUCCAGCCAAACUUCAUUUCAAUGAAUUGUUAAGCAUAGCAAGACGUUGCGUUGAAUGUGCUUUUGGCAUACUAGUCGCUAAAUGGCGAUGCUUAAAAACAGAAUUACAAGUAACUCCAGAGCAUGUCACGUUAAUAGUCCAAACAACAUGUUUGUUACACAAUAUUUGUAUGGAAUUUAAAGAACCACUACCAAAUCCAGCUAAAAACACAAGGGCUUCAGAUAUCAAUUAUAAUAGAGCUAACAACCAUUCAUCUCACCAGGCAACGGAUUUAAGAGAUUUCAAAAAUUACUUCUUUAAUCACAUCGGUUGAUAUAAUAUAAUGCUAGAAAUAGAUCUAUA